GCGCCAUCACGUUUGAGGCACUAAGGCAUCAGCUGUCCAAGCAUGAUGGGCUUUUGGAGAACUUAUUCAUCAGUAUAGACCGGUGGCUCGUCCCCCCAAAACCAACUCCAGAGCCGACGUCCUUCCUGCAGCGCCUCAACCGUCUAAAGCCCUACCAGCUCUCGGUGCCCUACUUCAAGAACAAUUACGUGUUCGUGGGGUAUCUGGCGGUGUUCUUCCUGGUCAACCUCGGGCUCUUCGUGUCGAGGGCUAUUGAGUAUAGACAUCACCAUGGAUUCGUCAUUGUGGCGAGAGCUUGUGGCCAGUGCCUGAACUUCAACUGCGCGUGGGUGCUGGUGCUGAUGCUGCGGCACUGCAUCACGCAGCUGCGCGCGCGCGGGCUCUCCGCCGCGCUGCCGCUCGACCACCACAUCUACCUGCACAAGCUCACCGGGGUCCUGGUGGCUGUAUACAGCGUGGUUCAUACCAUCAUGCAUCUGUGUAACUUCAGUCUAAUCGUGGUCAACGACCCAAUCACCAACGCCAAUAACUACACGCUGAACGAAUGGCUGCUGACGUCACGGCCGGGGCUGUUCGGUCUGGUGUCAGGCUGCGCCAACCCCACGGGUGUUGCGCUGUGCCUAGUAUUGGCCAUUGUAUUCGGUUGCAGCCAGCCGUGUAUUAGGCGAGGGGGGAGUUUUGAGGUGUUCUACUGGACGCACCUGCUGUACAUCCCGUUCUGGGUGCUGCUUCUGUUCCACGGGCCCAACUUCUGGAAGUGGUUCGUGCUGCCGGGCACCGUCUACGUCAUCGAACGGGUCGUGCGCCUCGUGUGGAUGAGGUCUGAACACGGCAAGAGCUACAUAUCCUCCGGUAUCCUUCUUCCAUCGCGCGUCACACACCUGGUGGUGAAGCGUCCGCCGCACUUCGAGUUCCGAGCGGGCGACUACGUGUUUGUGAACGUGCCGGCCGUCGCCGCCUACGAGUGGCAUCCCUUCACCAUCAGUAGUGCACCUGAACAGACCGAGCACAUCUGGCUGCACGUGCGCGGCGUGGGCGAGUGGACCAACCGCCUGUACGAGUACUUCGAGCAGGAACACGCAAGAUUGCACGGCUCUAACGCAGUGCACGAUAAAGUAGCCCGCACCAGUUCGAGCCAGAGCAACGUGAGCAAGCGCAAGGGCUCGCUGGGGCUCAAGAAGCGCUCCGUGGACUUCUCGCCGGUUGGAUACGUGAAUGACGGCUUCAGCAUCGAGGAAGAGAAGCCCAAUGGAGACCUUAAAGUGUUAUCCCCAGCGGUGCGUAGUGCUGUUUUCCUAACGCCGCAGAAACUGGAAAAGUCCCGCUCGAUGCCAGAUGUGAUGAACAACCAGAAAAAGAAACAGAGACUGCUAGUCUUACGCGACUACAUGCGCUCCGAGUCGGAGAACAGCUUCGACCUGCGCUCGCUUCGCUCAGCGCGAGUCACCGGCGCCUACCGCAGCCCUCAGCUGCGAGCGCUCGCGCACUCCUUCCGCUACCUGCGCACCAAGCCGGCCGCCGUCGCGCUGCCCGCACCACGUGACCAGGACCGGCGACGCAGCAACGACAGUAUACUUACCAUAGCUAGAAGAAGGUUGUCAAAGAGCCUGUCGCCGGACAAGGACGUGGAGUCGGUGGCUGACAAGCCGGUCAUCAACGUGGUGAGCCCGUCAGAAUCCUCGAGUGACGGGACGUCUAUGGACUAUCCCAUUGGGAAACCUUUGGAGAUAUUCCUGGACGGUCCGUACGGCGCGGCGUCUUCCCACAUCUUCGGCGCACAGCACGCGGCGCUGGUCGCUGCCGGUAUCGGCGUCACUCCCUUCGCGUCCAUCCUGCAAGCCAUAAUGUGCCGGCACUGGGCCGCGCGCGCCGUGUGUCCGCGCUGCAAGCACGCCUUCCACACCGCUGCGCCGAGCCACGGGACAUCACUGAAGAAGGUGGAUUUCUUCUGGAUCAACCGUGAGCAGCGUUCAUUUGAGUGGUUCGUGUCCCUCCUGUCCCAGCUGGAGAUGGAACAAGCUGAGCUGGGCGGCGAGCGGUUCCUGGAGAUGCACAUGUAUAUCACGAGCGCGUUACAGCGCACUGAUAUGAAGGCCGUUGGUCUGCAGCUAGCCCUCGACUUGCUGCACGAAAAGGAAAAGCGCGACCUCAUCACGGGCCUGAAGACCAGGACAAACGCAGGCCGCCCCAACUGGGACAAAGUGUUCAAACAACUCCAGGAACAGAACAAGGGCAAAGUGACGGUGUUCUACUGCGGGCCGCCGCAGCUGGCGCGCGUGCUGAGGGUCAAGUGCGACCAGUUCGGGUUCAACUUCAGGAAGGAGGUGUUCUAAGCGGCUCGGAGGUCAUGUUUCGCUGGUUGCUAGUACAGUUGGUCCGUUUUAUAACAAGGUGGAGAUGAAAUGAGAGGAGUCAAGUCGUCUAAUCGUUAAAUCAUCGUCUCAUGUUCAACCGUCAUCUCGCCUCUGCCUUGGUUCAAACGGCUCCACUACGUGAUAGAGUCUUCAAUGAAGAACUUAGUAAAGAUAGUAUACUUAGAUAGAAGAGACAUUAAUAAAAGCAUUCAGUAAAGUUACAUUCGUGAAUGUUUUAAUUCCAGAAUCUCUUGGCUCUACAUUUUUAAGUAGGUGCUAUGUUACUUCGCUUUGCGAUCAUGAAGCGAUGACAAAAAUGUAUCAUCUGUCAUAAAUUAACUUUGUCUAAAGGAGGCAAGCGAACUGUCCAGUCUGACCACAUCAUGGAUCUUGGCCCAGCAGCCGUAAAAAUACACAUUUUUAAUUUUUCUGUUCGUUCCGGCUAAUCUUCGAAACGGCUGGACCGAUUGUAGCUAAACUGUAAUUGGAAAAUAAUAACUUAAGCAGAAUUAAGGUGCCGCGAAAAAUUUUUCAUCAUCAUCAUCAUUUCAGCCACAGUACGUUCAGUUCUCUGAAUAUCUAGGCCUCCUCCAAUGAUUUCCACAUUUAACAGAAUAAUUUGUUUAUGAAAGAGGAAAAGUUACUGAAUAAACGAUAACCGAGAUGCCUUUCUUAGUGUUCAAAAUUAAUUAAAUAAUUAUUUAUUAAUUUACAAAAAAAAAAAGGUAGGUUUUUAACUUCUCAAUCGCCACUUAAUAUAAGAAGGAUUUUGUAUUUUGACAGUUUUUUAAUAAAUUAUUAUUUACUUUAAGUCAAUUAAAUUCUACUUUUAUGUUAUUUGGCGAUUGGAAAAUUAGCACUAAGUUUUAAAAAUAUCUCUGA